AUGAUGGUAGUUUUGCAACCACAGCCAGCGCAGCCCCCAGACCUCGUCGGCGGGCCCUUCGCUGUCAUUGAAUCUGACCCAGGCGUCUUCACAUCCCUCACCCGUCGUCUUGGGGUACGUGGACUCGAGCUCGUCGAGCUCUACGACAUUGAGCCAUGGGCCGUCGACCAUCUCUCGCCACACGGGCUCAUCCUAUGCUUCCUCUGGCGGAAGGACGCACAUCGACCAGCAGACUUUGACGACCCCGCAGCAGAGCGCGUGUGGUUCGCAAACCAGCUCAGCGACGACGCGUGUGCGACACAUGCGAUACUCAAUGUGCUCUUGAAUUGCCCGCAUGUGGAUGUUGGGGAGGAUUUGAGGGCGUUUAGGCGGGAGACGGAGGGGAUGUCGCCUGUGAUGAGGGGGCUGGCUAUAACGAAUUCGCCUGUUAUCAGACCAGCACAUAACUACCUUGCUCGACCUGCAGACGUCCGCGCUUCCCUAAAUAACCUCGCCAUUACCACCUUCGAUGCCGAGAAGAAGAAAGCCAAAGCCCAGGUUGCCGCGUCGAACCUCAAACAACAUCCAGCCAAACGCACCAAAACGUCUGGAAACUCCAAAACUACGGGCAGAGGAAGGGGAAGACCGAAGGGCAAGGCCAAACCCAAAGGAAAACGCAAAGCGAAAGACGACGACACGGACAUGGACGAGGAUUACAUCGAAGAAGAGGACGAAAGCGAGGAAGAGGAGGAAGAGGAGGAACAAGAAGAAACCUACCACUUCAUCGGCUAUGUACCUGCCCAUGGCAAAGUCUGGGAGCUUGAUGGACUCAAGUCGGGCCCUCUCGAAGUAGGCGAGUUACCUAUGCCCCCACCCUCCAACGCCCCCUCGUCAUCCAACGCAAACAACUCCAACUCCAACCCAACCCCAGGUCAAGGUGUGAACAAAGCCUGGAUGGACGUCGCCCGCCCUGCGCUUCGCAUGAAGAUGGCGCGAUACGGCGGUGGUGCGGCCGAGGCGCACGCAAACAUCCGCUUUUCCCUCCUUGCCAUCGUUGACGACACAUUUUGUCAGGCGAGUGAUAAGUGGGAGAUGGCACGGAGGGAAGGGGGUGUUGUUGAAAGGAGGCUGGGCGAGCUGGAGAAGGAGGGCAUGGAGGGACGCUGGGAGGACAACGUAGACCCAUCGUUGAAGGAGGUAGCUCGACAUGCUUUUGCUCCGCUGCCCUUUGGUGUGCAGACCAAGGAAGAACAAAACGGAGAGCACGACCCAAACACCGUUCAAACUCCAAAUCCGCCGUCAGCACCAGGCAGGACGUACACGUCCUCCUUCGCCUCUACGAAGCUGGAACGCGACGCUAAGAUACUCCAGCUCUCAUCGCGCGCCGACCUGAUAAAAGCAUGGGAGGAAUGCGUGCGCGACGCGAGCCGCGCGAAGAUUCUCGUUGAGGACGAAGUUGCGAAGGGAAUUGGAGCUCAGACAGACCAUAUCAAACGCACGCACGACUAUGAGCCUUUUUCGCGUGCCUUCCUCACGAAGCUGCACGCCGAGGGCCUGCUCAACCCUCUCCUUGACCGCGAUGAGGAUGGGAAGAAGCGGAGAGGCCGGCCUCCGGGUGGAGGUGCGAAGGGGAAGAACGGUACAAGUAAGCCGGGGAAAAGGUAG